AUGGACUCGGAUGACGAGUACGACGAAGACGAGGUGCGCCUGGCGUUCCUCAGGGAGCCGGACGGGCCGGAGGACGAGCUGCAGCGCCACCGGUUCCCGAACAAGGCCGGCGGCGCCCCGGCGUGGCUGGACCCGGUGGACCUCCCCGCGGGCGAGGCCCGCCUCUGCGGGUUCUGCGGCGAGCCCCUACGGUUCGCGCUCCAGGUGUACGCGCCGCUGCCCCCGGCGCAGGGCGAGGGCGCCGACGCGGCGCACCACCGCUCCCUGUUCGUCUUCAUGUGCCCCGCCAUGGCGUGCCUGCUCCACGACCAGCGCGAGCAGCGGGCUGGCGGGAGACGCCGGCGCCGGAGCGUGAGGGUGUUCCGGUGCCAGCUGCCCAAGGACAGCGCGUUCUACUACUGCCCCGCCGAGGAGCCGGACGAGGCCAGGUGCACCGGCGUCGAGGCCGCGCCGCUGUGCGGCUGGUGCGGCACGUGGGGAGCCGACGACGGCAGGGCGUGCGGCACCUGCGCCGCGAGGUUCUGCUCCGAGAAGCACCUGGAGCGCCACCUGCUGCGCUGCGGCGGCGGCGGCGGCGACGGUGCUCCCUCGGCAUCUGCGUGGUGGCUGGAGUACGCCAUGUUCUGUGCGCGCGACCCCGACCUGCUGGACUGGGCCACCGUCGCCGUGUACACGUGCGAGCGGUCGUGCGGCGGCGAGGGCAGCGGCGGGUACGUGGAGGAGUUCGCCUGGGUGCAGCUGCACCCGCCGGCGCCCGGCAUGGCAGCAGGAUGGCCAUUAUAA